CAUUUGGUUGCUACUCCGAAUCGUGCCAAGACAACCACUGGUAAGAAUUAUUUUGUGUUUUUUUUUUACCAUUAUACUUUUAACUUAUUUUCUUAUUCAUCUGAAUCUUAUGUGUAAUGUCUCUUCCAGAAAUGUAAAAUAUCUUCUGCUAUGGUAAAGUACCAGUCUAUGACUGGUAAAGUUAUUAUUUUAAAAAGCCUACCUAUCAAUCACAUAUUAAGAAAAGUUACUUUUUAUUUUCUUUCUGUAAGCCUAUCAAGCCGAGAUCCCACAGCUCCAAGUCUGCCAAGAAAACCAGGAGUCCAAAAACUCUUAAAAAAGAAAUCUUCUUCCAAAUGCAACAAGAUGGAGGUGGACGUCCUCAGCUCUGCAGCCUUGGAGAAACUCUACUACAUAUCCCACAAUGCACCAGACUGUCUGGAAUACAGAGGGUUUGGGUGGCCAAAUUCCCAAAAGAAGAAGGGAACAAAACAGAAGAAAGAACAGAUAAGAUCUGCCAAACAUUAAAGGGUUACAGCGCCAUCUGUUGAAAGAACAUUUUUAAUGUAAGAGUUGAGGCUCAAAGGAAUGAGAAUGUUAUUGUCAUUUUCUGUAACAUUAUUGUAGGCUUGAAGAUUGAGAACAAUGUUUGUGAAGGUGUAGCAAAACGUUUGGCAGUUGUUACUAAAAAUUCAGAAGGUAGUUUAAUUAUAUUGUACAUCUCAAUGCACUUUAAACAUUAUCAUCACACUGCAUUAUAAAAAAAAA